AUGUCAGGCAUGUCAAUGCCGGAAAAGACAAUCGUCCCGGACCACAGCAAAGACGUUGCAACAUCCCAUAGCCUCAGCACUUUGUUGGAGGAGUUCCCAUUACCACGGCAGCAAGGACCUCAGUGGUAUAACAGAUUUCGAUACGGCUUCUUCUCGCUUUACAGGAGACUCUUCUGCCUGGUCGUGCUGGCCAAUAUCGCCACGAUCGCCGUCAUGAUGGUUCGUAUAUCGAGACAUGACAACCUCUGGAAAACGAAACCCUUCACCUACAGCGACGCCACCACUGCAGUCGGCGCAAACCUCACCGCUGCCGUGGUGCUACGCAAAGAGCACGUUAUCAACUUCAUCUCCCGAGCGGCGGUUUCCUUGCCACAUUUCUUCCCACUUGCGAUCCGGAAGCAUGUCGCGAAAGUGUGUAGCUACGGCGGGGUCCAUUCGGGUUGUGCGGUCUCGUCUUUGCUUUGGUAUAUCUUCUUCACGGUCUUGCUGGUCAGAGAUCUGAAAGGUGAUGAGAUCGUGGUAGAUGCUCUGUUCGUCACGACAGUACUGAUCAUCACUCUCCUGGUCGUUUUGAUUAGCACAGCACAUCCUAGGAUCCGAGCGCGGUAUCACGAUCCAUGGGAGAAUUGUCAUCGCUAUGCUGGGUGGACUACUGUUGCGGUUGUUUGGGUUCAGGUCUUCUUACUCGCCAGCAUAACCGCGAAACAGCAGGAUCCUGAUAAACGGUUCUCGCACUACGGCACAGUCCUGAUUAAAACGCCACUUUUCUGGUUCAUGAUCACCAUCACCUGCUGUGUCAUCUACCCCUGGCUACACCUCCGCAAACGAUCCUUCGAAGUAGAGCAGCUGUCCAACCACGCUCUACGUCUCAACUUCGAUUACCGUCAAGUCCGUGUUGGAGGGGCGGUCCGGCUUUCUGAUGCGCCGCUGUUGCAUAACCACGCCUUCGCAGUGAUCCCGAACCCGGACGGCUCGAGAGGAUACAUGAGAGACUGGACAGACAAGGUCAUCAAUGAUCCAAAGAGACCGAGCCGUCUGUGGAUGAAAGGAUUACCCGCGCUUGGGGUCGUACACAUCGCGCACCUCUUCAAGCCCCUCGUCGUAGUGGCUACCGGAUCACGGAUCGGUCCUUGUUUAUCGUUCUUGCAGAUGUAUCCCCAGUGGCCCGUUAGAAUUGUCUGGUCGGCGCGGCUUCCCGAGCAGACGUAUGGAUUUAAGAUUCUUGACGCGAUAUUGAAGACGGAUAGGGAUGCUGUUAUUAUUGAUACGAAGAAGACUGGGAAGCCGGAUUUGGCGGGAUUGUUUAUGCUGCUUAUAGGCAAUCAGAAGGUUACGGAAGAUGUGGUUUAUACGCUGGAGAGUCGGGCCGUGCCUGCUUAUGGAGCCAUAUUCGAUUCGUGA